AUGGACACUGCCGAUGAGCAAGAUAUAGAGAAUCCAGGUGGAGGCUCCAUGGCCAACGGCGCCAACGGAACCAAUGGCACAAAUGGAGCCAAUGGUCAACACCAGACGCCGGAGGGUUCUUUGUAUCAGGAAGAGAAGUCGGAAGAUGAAUCAGAUAUGGACGAUGAAACACAAGAUGAAGAAGACUUACUCUCACAGUCACUUCAAGUCAAUCCACAAGCUUUGGAUGCAGCUGCAGGUGCAUCUUCAUUAGCACAGUUGAGCAAUUUAAUGAACACGCAUCAUCCACAGUUACUAGCGAAAUUUAGAUUGGAGCAUACCGAGGCAGAUAUGUUACAAAGUAGAAAUAGUUUAGAGGUUCUACAGGCUGCAAUGACCAGUGGUAACUUCGGUACCUUAUUUCCACCUUUAUACAUAUCGUCGCCGCCACCACCGCCGCCACCACCGCCAUCAUUAUCAUCACAACCGUCGCAAAACAACCAUUCACAAAUCGCAGGAAGUCUCGGGAAUCAAAUCGGUGAAAAUCAAGCAUUAGCUUGCUCCACUACUUCCACCAGAUCUGUUGCCACCUCGCAGUCUAACGAAUCGUCGCCACCUCGCUGCCGGAAUAACGGAGAGUCGCAAGGAAAUUCCAGGAAUAACGGAGAAGCUCGUGAGGGUGAAACUCGUGCGGCAUCAGUAAAUAGUCAACAUCCACCUGGAACUAAUUGGAGCUUCGAAGAACAAUUCAGACAGUUGUAUGAGCUGGAUGAUACCCCUGAACGGAAGGUAUUCCUUGACGACCUCUUUACUUUCAUGCAGAGUAGAGGUACACCCAUCAGCCGACUUCCCAUCAUGGCAAAAUCCGUAUUGGAUCUUUAUGAGCUUUACAAGUUAGUAGUAUUACGAGGUGGACUGGUCGAGGUAAUUAACAAGAAGCUGUGGCAGGAAAUUAUCAAAGGACUUCGACUACCAGCAAGCAUCACUUCCGCCGCGUUUACUUUGCGAACUCAGUACAUGAAAUAUCUGUAUCCAUACGAGAAAGAGAAGGAAGGAUUAUCGACCCAAGAACAACUCCAGACGGCGAUCGAGACAAAUCGUCGCGAGAGCCGCAGGAACAAUUACGCGGCUUACCCUGACAAUCAAGUACCGCGAAACCAGCACAACUCGCUGCCGCCAAAUCCAAUGCCGUUGCCGCUCUCGAUCGCCCAAAUGGCGGUGGCUGCGAACGAAUCGCAACAUCAUGUCGUAAAUGGACAUCCACAUGGUCCGCAACAUCAUCCGCAACAUCUUCCACCAAAUCUGGGUAAUCUUCCACCUAAUCAGCUUUCAGAUUAUAUGCUGAGGAUAUUGAGAGACAGAAACACAAUGUCCAACAAUCCGAUGAUUCAAGGUAGCACACCGACACCGCCACCAGCAAUGGCAGAGGGAUUUAAAUCCGGACUGCAUUUAUGGAAUAUGUACAGUCCAGGUAAUAAUAAUAUGUAUCCAGCAGCCCAACCUUUCUCUCCAUCAUCGUCUCAUUCACCAUUAGCACCGGCAAAUAGUCCUGAACCACAGAGGGAAGCCUUAGAUCUCGCAAAUUCUGGAAACAGUAGAUCCAUUGGUUCACCAUCAUUUGGAGGAGAGUUGAAGAGAAAUCAAGAACCUGGUGAACUUUCAUCUCCAACGUCUUCUACUAAAAGAAUGUUCUUAUCCGAUGUUGAAGGAAAUAACAUGGUGCAUUCCUUGCGUAUUAGACAAAUGGUUAGCACUCGCGAUCCUACAAGACGAAGAGAAUUAGAAAUUAGUGUAGAUAUUGAUGGUAUUUUAUAUGAAGGUGUCCUGGCAGUUAAACAGGAAGGCAGUAGUAAUAAUGGCAGUACCUCGUCGAGCCCCGAUAAUAAUGGAAAACGGACACAAAAUAACGAUUCAUGAACAUUUGAAAGACAUAUGAUUUCAUACGAAACAAAUUAGCCUCGGAGAGUCUAAUUAAUAAUUUUGUUCUUCAGACGUAUACAAGACAU